AUGACGUCAUCGGGAGGAAAUGCAACAUGGAGCCCGGGGCAGGACUGGAAUAUCGCAGCUCUCAAUGGAAAGACUUCAGCUGACUUACUAUGCGUAAGCUCUGCAGUAUCAUCUGAUUGUAAAUCAUACGAUGAACGUCCUAAAACUGCAGGGAAAAGCUCUCCGUCCGUCGCCUCAGCGGACAGGAAAGUGGUAUGCAGUCACAUGGAGCUCCAUCAGGUGCUACCACCAGAGACGUUUCCCAACAGAACGGUCACCCUGAUUUUAAGCAAUAAUAAAAUUCAGGAGCUGUGGAACGGGUCCUUCACUGGCUUGUCUUCACUGGAGAGGCUGGACAUAAAGAACAACCUGAUUAGUCAUAUUGAGCCUGGAGCCUUUCUUGGACUUUCCUCACUGAAAAGACUAGACCUGUCCAACAACCGAAUAGGCUGCCUGAACGUAGAUAUAUUCAAAGGCCUCACCAGUCUCGUCAGACUGAAUCUUUCGGGGAAUAUGUUUUCAUCGUUAUCGCAAGGAACCUUCGACAGCCUCGUCUCUCUGAAAACAUUGGACUUUGAGACACCCUACCUACUAUGUGACUGUAAUCUCCUUUGGCUUCUGCGUUGGAUUAAAGAGAAAGGUGUAACAGUGAAGGAUACGCACUGUUCCUACCCACGAUCACUGCAGGGAAAAUUAAUAACCUCACUCAAACCGGAACUGCUAACUUGUGAUGCUCCGCUGGAACUCCCUUCUUUCCAGAUGACCCCGUCCCAGCGCCAGGUGGUCUUCCAGGGAGACAGCUUGCCAUUCCAGUGCAUGGCAUCAUUCGUGGAUCAGGACAUGCAGGUUCUCUGGUACCAAGAUGGCAAGAUGGUAGAGUCAGACGCCACUCAGGGCAUCUACAUCGAGAAGAGCAUGGUGCAGAACUGCUCUCUCAUCGCCAGUGCCCUGACCAUCUCCAACAUCCAGCCAGGCUUCACGGGGAACUGGGAGUGCCGUGUGCGCACCAGCCGAGGAAACAACACCAGAACGGUCCACAUAGUGGUUCUGGAGAGUUCCGCCAAGUACUGCCCACCAGAUAGGGUCUCCAACAACAAGGGCGAGUUUAGGUGGCCUCGCACCCUGGCAGGCAUCACGGCCUAUUUGCCCUGCAAUCGACUGGCAUCGGGCACAGGGAUCUACUCCAGCUCGCCCGUGGAUGAGAGGCGGGCGUGGCGACGGUGCGACCGAGGUGGGCUCUGGGCAGAGGAGGACUACUCCCGCUGCCAGUACCAGAAAGACGUCACCCGUGUGCUUUACAUCAUCAACCAGAUGCCUCUGAACCUUACCAAUGCAGUGACCACAGCAAGGCAGCUUCUGGUCUAUACCGUGGAGGCCGCCAACUUCUCUGAUAAGAUGGAUGUGAUCUUUGUGGCGGAGAUGAUCGAGAAGUUUGGAAAGUUUGCGGAAAAGUACAAAGAGCUAGGGGAUGUGAUGGUGGAUAUCGCCAGUAAUCUUAUGCUGGCUGAUGAGCAUGUGCUGUGGAUGGCCCAGAGAGAGGCCAGGGCUUGUUCUCGCAUCGUCGAGUGUCUGCAGAGGAUUGCCGCUCACCGGCUUGCAACCGGAUCCCAGGCCUAUUCUACAAACUCCCACAACAUCGCUCUGGAGUCGCACGUGAUCAAAGCCAGUAGUUUCAACGGGAUGACCUGCACGCUUUUCCAGAAGGUGGCGCCAGAGCGCACCGCCAUACCCCAAUUCGGACCCCGAGACUCAGAUAUCAACCUGGACCGUCAGCUCAGCUUCAAAUGCAAUGUCACAAGCACUCUCUCCAACCUGGCCCUCAAGAACACUAUAGUAGAAGCGUCGCUCCAGCUGCCGCCCACCCUCUUCUCCUCGCUGGGGAGCUCGGGCCAGGCGGACGAGGCCGUCUACAAGCUCCACCUGCUGGCCUUCCGCAACGGCAAGCUCUUCCCCACCACCGGCAACUCCAGCCUGCUCACCGCCACCGGCAAGAAACGCAGCAUAGCAACACCCGUCCUCCUCACAAAGAUAGAGGGGUUUCCCCCGAGGGGCCUACGAUACCCAAUCAACACCACGCUACGACACUUUACCCACGGAUCUGACCCCGUGCCCGCCUGCUGGAAUUUCAGCCUGCAGGGAGGGCAAGGUGCCUGGCAGUCAGAGGGCUGUCGAAUCCUUCACCAUGACGACAACUUCACCACACUGUCCUGUGACUCACUCAACAACUACGCUGUGAUGAUGGACCUGAGCGGGGCAGAGGUCAUAGUUCACAACAUCAAACUACUUCAUCCCGUCAUCUACGCAACAGCCAUUGUGCUUGUCCUCUGUCUACUGGCUGUUAUAGUCAGCUACAUCUACCACCACAAAUCUGUUCGCAUCAGUAAGAAAUGCUGGCACAUGCUGGUCAACUUGUGUCUGCACAUCCUCCUUACCUGUGGCAUGUUCGCCGGAGGCAUCAACCAGAUACGCUACGCCAGCGUCUGUCAGGCGGUGGGUAUAAUAUUGCAUUACUCUACGCUGGCUACUGCCUUGUGGUCAGGUGUGACAGCACGCAACAUAUACAAGCAGGUGACACGCAAGGCCAAGCGUUAUGAGGAACUGGAUGAGCCUCCUCCCCCACCCAGACCUAUGCUAAGGUUCUACUUGAUUGGGGGAGGAAUACCAAUUAUCGUUUGCGGCAUAACGGCUGCAGCCAACAUUAAAAAUUACGGAAGCCGUCCUGGUGCACCUUACUGCUGGAUGGCGUGGGAACCCAGUUUAGGGGCUUUCUACGGCCCAGUUGGCUUCAUCGUCUUUGUCGACUGCAUGUACUUCCUCAGCAUCCUCCUUCAGUUGCGUCGCCACCCCGAGCGGCGCUACGAACUCAAAGAGCAAUCUGAAGAGCAGCAGCGUCUCUCCGUCGCAGAGAUAACUGAAACUCCAGCGGGCCACUUGGAGUCUUCUUCCCUCUCGGCCUCCCAGCCGGUGUCGCUGUCGGCCCUGGAGAACGAGCACACGUUCGCAGCUCAGCUGGUUGGUGUGGCGGGAGCCUUGGCACUCUACGUGGCCCUUUGGGUUUUUGGCGCCCUGGCCGUGUCUCAGGAGAGGCCGGCCGAUCUGGUCUUCGCCUGCCUGUUCGGUGCGGUUGCGUUGGCUCUCGGGGCCUUUCUGGUCGCUCACCACUGCAUCAACCGCCAAGACAUGCGGCGGCAUUGGGUACGAGCCUGUUGCCCUGGGAGACGAGACUACGCGGCGCAGGUGGAUGCCCCGCUCGCGCCGUUUCCAGGGGCAAGCGGUUCUGGGGUGGUGGCCAGGGGAAAUGGAGAGUUUGGGAAAUGCCCGGCCAGCAGCGCCGAAUCCUCCUGCACCAAUAAGAGUGCGGCAAGUGUGCGUAACUCCUCCCAAAGCUGCAAGCUGACCAACCUGCAGGCGGAAGCCGCCCAGUGCAAGGUCCUCCCUGUCCCUGCUAACGGUAGCGCGCUAUUGGACAACAGCCUAACGGAGCACUCGAUGGACAAUGAGAUCAAGAUGCACGUGGCGCCCGUCGAAGUCCAGUUCCGUCCCGUCAACAACAACAAUCACGUGGCGACGGGCAACCCCAGCGUUAACGGGCAUAAUGGACGCCAUCACAAAAACCGAGCCCGAGCACACCGAUCGAGUCGGUUAACCGUCCUGCGUGAGUACGCCUACGACGUCCCCACCAGCGUAGAGGGCAGCGUGCAGAGCGCCCCCCAGAGACGUCACCAUCACCACGACAACCAGCACACCCGCAGCAGUCGCCGGGCGGCGUACAUGGCCUACCGCGAGCGCCAGCAAAGCCAGCUUCAACAGGAUAGCAGCGAUGCCAGUUCCACCUUACCUAGACGCUCCCGUUACCUCGACAGGGGGGCAGGCAAGGGCGGGGGCGUAGCCCUAAGCAAAAAUCAGAGAAAUGGACUCAGCAGUAGCCUUGUUAACGGCCUCAGCGGUAGCCUAAGCAACGGGGUCGGUAACGGCAGCGUGGUAGGCAUGGACGAAGGGAGCGGAGCCGCAGUGACGAGCUCGACCAAUGACUGCUCAAAGCAGCCGCUUACCGUAGAACUGGAAGUGCAGCCCAAAUCUUACGGGCUUAAUCUAGCCUCACAGAACGGAACUCUCAAAGACUCGGAGAGGCCUCAGCUACUCAACACAGAGAGCUCGGGCAACAUUAAGACUGGUUUGUGGAAACAUGAAACUACCGUGUAGCCAAGGUUCCCUCCCUCAUAG